AUAACCCGGUGCGGUCAAGCCUCACAAACCAGAUGAAGCUAGCUGGCUGCUUAUAACGUUAGCUUUGGGCAACAGGGUUAUGUUGCUGACUAGCUAUUUAUUUUCAUGAACUGAAGUUCAACUUCAAUAGGCGAACAACAAAUAGCUAAUACUUACUCACAAGGAUUCCUAAAUCAUUGCUAAGAAUAACGUAAAUGACUGCAGGUACGACUGGUCAUUGUUUUCAGGCUAGUUGUAUUGGUGCUAGCUAGGUACCAAGCUAAAGCUAGCUACCCCAGAAGUUGCAGUUAAACAAAUUAUGCUUUAUUACCAACGCGGUAUUGUAAACACAUCGUUCGUGGCCGGUUUUUGCUUGUUUGCAAUUUUUUUGUACAGCUUUGACAGUGCUGCUGUAUCUUUUUUGACACAAAAGACCCAAACGGCGUUCCAUAGUAUGUAUGUCGUGAAGCUAAUAGCAGUGACACUAUUACUGUGUAACUCCGGUAGGGCAACAUCUGAAUAAUAGCACACUUGGUAGUCUGUACCGGUGCUCGACCAGUCGGCGAAAGCCAACAUCACCCACGACAGAGAACGGUUUAUUGUCAAGGGCAGUGAAUUAUCUUGCCUUUAAUGGGUUUUGCCUUUGAGUUGUCUCGCUGAAAUUGUGUUACUCUUUCAAAUGACUGCUCAAUCCACACAGCAGACAUUGUGGGCUAGUUUAGGAAUGCUGUGCUGCACGUUUAGCGCAAAAUUUUACGUGGCGUCACUACGUCAUGUACCUAUGUUAUAUAGGUAUGCACGUCAGCUUUUACAUCGGUUUUGCACAUCGGGGCGUUAAACUAGACAUCGGCCGGUACCGAUGUUGGCAUUUUUAGCUAAUAUCGGCCUAUUCCGAUAUGUUCACCGAUAUAUUGUGCAUCCCUACUUAUAAUGUUAAGAAAUAAUAGUUUUAGCAGUCUGAUCUGUGGCAUUAGACUCGAUGCUUUUUAAAGAAUGUCGUCCAGCUAGGCCUACUGGUUGAAUGACUUUGGGAUCUAUCGUCCGACAACUGUACCAGGGUCUGUUUGGAAUAGGCAAUCGAAUAGGGAAACUUUUCCACUAUGGUGUGUAGUAGAUUGACAGGCUAGGGAUUUUGCUGUAAGUUACUCAUCUUGUUGACUGAGGAAAAGUACAUGUGGACAGUCAUUCUAACAUCUUCAAAUGUUGGCUAUCAGAAUUUGUUAAGAAGGAGCGCACAUCAUUGUAUCCUCGACUUGCAUGUUCUGUUAAUUAAUUACCAUAAUAUAAAUAUGAUUUCUGUCAUUCUGAGCACUGUGGGUGGACUCCCUGAUCAGGUUAAGCACCCAAUGCAUAUGGGUCUGAUACAUUUCUCAAAUGCCGGUAAAUUUAAAAUGCUGCAGGUCAAAUAUCCGGUGCCUGAUUUUCCUAACAGAACCAAACUACUGUGCUCCCAUACUCCCUUAAAAGACAUUGCUUAAAAACAUUGGGGGGGAAAUCGGCAAUACUACGGUUGGCCAAUAUACCGUAGCCAGUAUACACUUCCUCAGAACAGUCAGAAUUAAUCUAAGAUAUCUCAAGAAAGCUCAUUAAUUUUGAUAUUUUGGCCAAAGAGUUCUUAAUCGUGCAAUUUUACUGUUUGGUGCAAUAUUUUUCUAUGAAAAGAUGUCAACAAAAACGAGGCGUCUCUUGUUGAAUGACAAUACUUUGAGGAAUCCCUACUGUUGACCAAUCGCCGACAAAGGGGCGUAGGCUUCGGCUCCAGAAAAUGUAUUCCCGAACAGCCAAUUUAAAUCCUUCACCGAAGUUCAAAAUGAGGAAAAACGUCACAAUGUCAUAAUAUAUGCAGAAACUCUACCAAACUGUUUCAGCUGGGAAGCAUGCGAACGCCUUUAGGGGCAAAGUGUUGGGUUUUAGAUUCAGCCCUUGACUGCUGUAGAUAGAACUUCAUUGCCCCCUAGUGGACAUUACACAAUAGGACCAUAUUCUGCAUUGUGAAUUCACGUGGAAUACUAAUAAAUUGUUCUUAUCGGAUAACACAUUUUUAAGCGUUAAGAAAAUGGUUCCAUUCGUCACAUCUCUACUGAGUAAUAUAUGAAUUCACUCACAGUACGACAAGAGAAUAUAGAAGCAGUCAGAUAAAGCCAAACAGAGAGGAGUGUACACAGAGCGAAAGAGGAAAUGGCAGAGGGAUUUGAAUAGAGACCGAGAUGGUACAGAUGGUGAGAAUAUGUUGAAAGAAGCAGAGAGGGAAAAUAGAAGAGGGACUGGGUGGAAUGAGAGCGGUGGAUGUUUUGGUCUGAGGAGGAGGAAGCGAGAGCGUUCUUCACCUGCAAUGCAGUGCGAGGCUGAGUCAACCAAUCAGAGCUAAGCAGAGAGGAUAGGGGGUGGGGCCAGGCACUGACUACAGCCAAGGAGAUUUCUUGUCAGAGAGGGAGAGCGUGAAUGAGCGGGAGGGAGAGAGAGAAGCAGCGUCAAGCUCUACUUUGCCUGAGCCUGUUGUGACACUGAUGCUCACAGAUUUCUCCUCUCUCAUCCUUCUCUCUGCAUUGCUCCCUUCUCUUCCUUUCCCAUUGCUGUGCUCUUCUUUCUCUUUCUUUCCCUGUACUUCUCCCCUCUUUUUCCCCCCGAACAACUACCGUCUGCUCUCUUCUUCCUCCUCACACUCACCCCCUCUUUCUCUCCAUCUCAUUCCCCUCUCCUGUCCUCUUUUGGUGCAUGGAGAGAGGGUCUCUGGCCCCCACCUGCGUCCCUCCUCUCCACCUCCCUCCAUGGGCGUCCGAGCAUCCUGCAGACCAGACCCUGCGUCCCAGCAGAAUGACUCUCCUCUCCCAGAUCAGGAUGAGGAGAUACUGGGCUCUGACGAUGAGGAGCAGGAAGACCCCAAUGACUACUGUAGAGGAGGUUACCACCAUGUGAAGAUAGGAGACCUGUUCAAUGGUAGAUACCAUGUGAUCAGGAAGCUGGGCUGGGGACAUUUCUCCACCGUGUGGUUGGCCUGGGACAUACAGGGGAAGUGUUUUGUGGCCAUGAAGGUGGUGAAGAGUGCAGAGCAUUACACUGAGACAGCCCUGGAUGAGAUCAAGCUGCUGAGAUCAGUCAGGAACACGGACCAGAAGGACCCCAGCAGGGAGAGGGUAGUUCAGCUACUGGAUGACUUCAGGAUCUCUGGCAUGAACGGAACUCAUGUCUGUAUGGUGUUUGAGGUUCUGGGUCAUCACCUGCUGAAGUGGAUCAUCAAGUCUAACUACCAGGGCCUUCCUCUGCCCUGCGUCAAGAGCAUCAUACGACAGGUUCUCCAGGGCCUGGACUACCUUCACUCCAAGUGUAAGAUCAUCCAUACAGACAUCAAGCCAGAGAACAUCCUGUUGACGGUCAACGAGCCCUACAUCAAGAAGAUGGCUGCCGAUGCAACGGAAUGGCAGAGGACUGGAGCUCCACCCCCCUCCGGUUCCGCAGUGAGCACAGCUCCAGCACCCAAACCAACGGUGAAGAUGUCUAAGAACAAGAAGAAGAAGAUGAAGAAGAAACAGAAGAAGCAGGCAGAGAUGUUAGAGAAGAGGAUUCAGGAGAUGGAGGGAGCGCCGGAAGGAGGAGAGGAAGAGGAGGAGGGGGAGGACGAGACCACUACAGACGCCCCUCCGCCCUCGUCUGACACGCUACAGGACAUGGCUAAUGAUGUCACAGCAGGUCCAGAUAAACCGGAAGAGAAGGAGGAGGAGGAGAGCAGGAUGGAGGUGGCCUGCAACGGCCACACAGAGGAGGACACGGCGAGCCAGGAGGUACAGAGGACCGAGGAAGAAGAGGAGAUAGACGAAGAGGACCAACAGAAAGCCAACAAACUCAACGCCAGCACGGAGGCUCGAGACCUGCCGGUCAAUGCAUCUUACCCAGAGUACAACGGCAAAGGUCCCGGUGACCCACACGAUCCCGCUACAGACGAUAAAGUAGCAGCAGGUAGUCUGUUGGUCAACCCUCUGGAACCACUCAAUGCAGACAAGAUCCAGAUCAAAAUCGCCGACCUGGGGAACGCCUGCUGGGUGCACAAACACUUUACAGAUGACAUCCAAACUCGUCAGUACCGUUCUCUGGAGGUGUUGAUGGGAGCGGGCUACGGGACGCCUGCUGAUAUCUGGAGCACUGCUGCAAUGGCCUUUGAGCUGGCUACAGGAGACUACCUGUUUGAGCCUCACUCUGGACAGGACUACACCAGAGAUGAAGACCACAUAGCGCUGAUCAUUGAGCUGCUGGGUAAAGUUCCUAGGAAGCUGAUCCUAGCAGGAAAAUACUCCAAGGAAUUCUUCACCAAGAAAGGGGACCUCCGGCACAUCACCAAGCUGAAGCCGUGGGGUCUGUUGGAGGUGUUGGUGGAGAAGUAUGAGUGGUCUAAAGAGGAGGCAGCUACCUUCUCCAGCUUCCUGCUCCCGAUGUUAGACCUGGUACCAGAGAAGAGAGCCACGGCUGCGGAGUGCCUCCGACACGCAUGGAUCGCCCCCUAGAGGAUCCCCGGGCGCUACCACAGUCACAAGCAGCAGACAUGUACAUAAACACACUAACGCAUACACUCUUCGAUACACACAUUCAAACAAACGUAAACACACACCUCAACGGAGAGCCAGGGCUUUCACUAUGACUGCAUCUCCACCUAGUGGUUCAACACACACACACUAGACUGGCUGCUGAACACCCUAGUGUCCCAGGUAUAAUCCAGUAGAACUCUUAUCUGUUUGUCUCUUAUUUGGUUCCUUGUUUCUACUGACUGGAUAUCACUUGAGUAUCAACGUCUUUUCUCUCUCCUCCCUCUCUUUUCUCUCUGUACCAAUGAUGACACCUGGUAACACGUUUUGUUCUGAGAGUAUCCUGUCUUUUAGUUUUUGUCUUUUUUGAUUUGAAUAUGCACACCUGUCAGAGUUAAGAUCAAACCUUACAGACCUCCAAUGGAUCGUAUCUCCAGAACACCAACUGUCUACCACUAGACUAGCACAUCAGAAUAGUUUUGUUCUAUGUACAGUAUUGAUAGAGGUUAGUUUGGAUCUUUCCUUCAAUAACAAAACAUAUUUAUUGUGUGUUUGUGGGGAAGCGUAGCUGCCUAGAAUACGAUAAAAAAGGUUUGGACUGUCAUAGAUUCUAAGGAUUCUCCAUGAGUUCUUCCUGAACUGGGAACCGAUGUGAAUGAACUGAAACUUCCUGAACGGAAUGGAACCGUCCUGUUCCGUAAGUGGUUCUGUGACAUCAUCCCUGUCCUUUGUUGUCUCGCUCCAGGUAGCAGCUUUGUAAUAGCACUUCGCACAAUGUGGGGACAGUACCAUGAACUCAAUUUUAAUUUACUACUUUCUGUUACCUGCAUGGGUCCACAGACCAUGACUAAUGCUACUGAAUAACCAUGUUUCAUAUGUUCUCUCCUGUGGUGUUUAACGUUCCACACAAGGUUUGCCUCAGAGAAAGAAAAAAAAUAUUAUUUUGGGUUUUAGCUAGAUGGUGUGAUACAAUAUCAUGAGAAUUAUCCACUUUCACAAAAUGAUCAGAAUGGGUACUACUGUAUCUGAUUCCAGAACAGCAGAUUUUUAUUUUCUAUUCAGAAGGUCGUGGUUGCCUUCCAAAAAUGGCCACCCUGCUCCCUAUAAAGUUAGGAACACAGUGCCAUUUUGAACGCAUACCAUAUCUGGACCCCUGUGUUGUACAUAUCUGUACUAAAUACGUUUCCCUCUACAGAACAGCGGCUGUACAGUUUUUAGGAGCUGCUGUUUCAACGGUGUACGUUAUAAAGGAGAGGGGGCUGUUUACGUCCCAAUGGCACCCUAUUCCCAACAUAGUGCACUACUUUUGACCUGAUUCUUAAGAGCCCAGUUCAAAAGUAGUGCACUAUGUAGGGAAUAGGGUGCCACUUGGGACGGAACAUGUCUGCGGUGUUGAAAUUGAGUCGUUUAGGAUAUCAACUGAUGCCUUGAGAUGCGUUUGCUAGUUUUUUGCUGCAUUUUAAAGCAUAUUUUCAUACUGAUGUUGCCCCGCUUGCAGUGGUCUGCUGUUUUAACUGCAUCAAAGAGAAACAAAAUCGUGGAUUGUAAUAAUAAUGAGGCUGGAAUAAGGCUUUGACCCCCCCCCCCCUUUUGCUCUUUUUCUACAAGCCCCUCCCUUCUCUAUUCUCUCUUUCCCUGACCGCUCCUUGCCUCCUCCUAUGCCUUUGAUUGUUUACUGCUAAAUCGAGCCUCUUUUCUGUACUUAAUAAAAAUGAACAUUUUGGAAA